AGAAAGGAAGGCGGAAGCCAGAGUGACCAACUUCCGGUGUCAUGUCAGCGUUCUUCUGAAGCCGCAUGGCUAACCUCUGUCACUACGUUUAAAUGUGUGUUUUUACAGAUCAGGCGUUUAUGAUUUAAUGUGAAGAGACAUCUAAAGAAAUGGCUGAAGUUGUACAAGAGAAAAGUCGUGGCUUGAAGUUUGCCGAGCAGCAGAUGCUGCGUCAUGGCUGGGAACAUGGUAAAGGACUGGGGCGAUCUGAGAACGGCAUCUCAGAAGCAAUCAAAGUCAAAGUGAAGUGUGGUAAAGGAGGGGUCGGCCAUAAAGAAGGGGAGCAGUUCAGCUUCCACUGGUGGGAUCAUGUCUUCAAUAAGGCCUCUUCCAGUCUGCAAGUUGAAUCGGACCAGAGCGGUAUUAAGCUGAAGAAGACGGUGGAGGAAGACGAGGAGGAAGGGAUGAUCUCCAAUAAAAAGCCAAGAAAAGCUUCUCUGGCUAAAGCCAAACUUUAUGGAUGUUUUGUCAAGUCAGCCACUCUGCUGUCCGGUCAGGAGCAGCCAGAGCCGAAGGCCUCAAACUCAGACGACAGCAGCAGCAGCAGCUCAGACGACGAGGAGGAGGACCAGAGAUUAGACCUUUCCAGCACCUUCAAACUUUCUGAUGCAGAUCUGAUGAAGGCUUGUGGAGGACGCACGGCUCAUAAAGGGGCCAGGCACGGCGUGACCAUGAGUGCGAAGUUACUCCGGCUGGAGCAGCAGGAGGCUGAGUUCAUGGCUAAGUACAGCAAGAAGAAACAACCAGCAGCUUCUUCUUCUCCAGUUUGCGUUACACCAACUCCACCGACUUCCCUCUCUCCCGAGCAGAGAGGUGAGCUGCAGGAGGAGGAGGAGGAGGAGGGCGAGGACUCUCAGAGAAAAAGGGCAAAAAAGAAGAGAUCAGCGGGGAGCAUUAAUGAGGUGGAUGGUGCUGCAGCUUCUGAGACUCCUGAGAUGGAUAUGGUACCCAAAAAGAAGAAGAAGAAAAAGAAAGGCAGUGAAGACACUGAGGUAGUAACAAGUGGAGUUUCCACUGAGGAGGAUGUGAUCAUUGUGGAAAACGGUGAAGCAGACAAAACAAAGAGGAAACAUAAAAAGAGGAAAAACAAGACAGAGCAGAAUGAAGAAGAGGGAGCAUCUUCACCUCCAGCAGAGAGUCCAGUGGAGACUACAGAGCCACACUUUGACACAAAAGUGAAGAAGAAGAAGAAGAAGAAGAAGAAAUCCUCCAAACAUCAGAGUGAAGCUGCUGAGGAAGAGGAGAUUAAUAAUACAGAAUCAAGCCAAUCAGAGAUGGUCCAGGACUCCGCUCUGAAACAGGAAGAGAAAACGCGUGCGGUUGCAUUGGAGGAUGCAGAAGCUAUAGAGGAGGAAUCAACAGUGAAGCAGAAGAGGAAAAAGUGUAAAAAGGACAAAACAUCUGUAGAGGACAUUAUAAGGGAGGAGGCACUUCCUCCAAAGAAGAAGAAAAAGAAGAAGUCCAAAGAGUAGAGUGACUAAAGAGAUUUGGACACUGAUAGAGGGGUUUGUUUUGGCUGAUUUAGGGAAGUUAGCAUUAGUGUCAAUCAGCUCGUACCAAACAUGGACAUGAAGAAGGCCGUGUUCUCUGAUGAGACGGCCUUUUAAUGAAUUUAGAUUUUCUCAUUAACUGAAGAACUGUCAUUAGCAAAUGAGACAAUGAAUUUCAACAUCUGUGCCUCUUCUGCACGCCCAACAGCCUUAUUUGUACGACAUCUUUCAGAUUUCUUUGAACAUCAGAUAUCAUUCAUUAGUCAUGUAAUUGAUCUGUUUCACAUUUUUGACUUAAUAUCCAUAUCAAAGUCAUGAUGAUGUGAGCUUAAUGGGGACUUGACAAUCUUAAUUAUUUAUCCCUACACAGUAUGAUCUGAGCUGUCAAACAAAUAAUGACCAGCUUCAGAUUAUAAGUCAUUAAAGUCAUCAGAUGAGGUUGAAUCAGUCAAUGUUUUCUUAUUCUGAGGCUGUAAGUGAUUUAUUUGAUGAGUCAGCGCAUUUUGUAACACAAACAUGUCAAGUCAUUACAGCAGGAAAUUGCUCUUUGUUGACCAAUUUGUAAAAAAGAAUGAAGAGGUUUCUGCUUGUAACUUAAAAGUGUUUGACAACAAUUCCAUUAUUUUAUAGAAAGGAGGCUUGUAAGUACACAUAAGACGCAUGAAAAACCCUGUUAUACAUGAAAUAAUGUGAAAAUUACAUGAUCUGAUGCAUCAAACAGGGCCCUGGGAUUCCUUCAAAUCUUAGGUUCCUAGGUGUCUUUGUUAAAUUUUGCACAUGACAUGAUUAUUUAAACCCUUUAGCUCUCAUACUUGAAUGAGUACCAAACUCUGUGGAAUAACUGAUGUUUAAAAAGGCAGAUCAUCUGCAGCAUGGUUAGUCUCCUGACAGCUUAUUGUAGAUAAAUGCUUAACUACUCAAAAUUCAAAAAUAUCAAGUCACAGUUUUGACAUGAAAAUUGGGAAGCCAUUCAGAAAUCUAUACCUUUAAAUAUGAGGUGGUGGUCUGUGUUGUCGCUCCACAUUUUAGAUACUGAUCAUGAAUCUUUAGCGUUCUCUUCCUCUUGAUUUUAAUCCACAUAUGUUAAGGUUAAAAGAAGAGUUACACCUCAUAAGUUAAAACGGGAAAAUCUAAAUUUGGGAAAUAUCUUUCAACAGAUAUGACUCAAUCUUUGUGAAAAUCAUGUGCAAUGAUUCUGUUUGUAAAAUGACCUCAUCGCACUCUAACCUGACUGUUAACGCAGACUGCCAUAGUUUCAGCUUAAUGUGAUGUUGACUUGAACACUGGUGGCUCUGGAUGGAUAUGAUUGAUGAGGUGUGAAUACCUGUGUGAGUUUCAUGAGACAGAAUAAAAAAACUCCAUUGCUUGAAAAACUGAA